AUGGUGGCAUCCCAAUGGGUGAAGGCUGGGUGGAAGCUGACUACUGUUGGCUCCACCUCCAGCUACGCCAACCGAGGGCACGAAAGCGCCAACACAGCACUUUGCUCCAUUGCCUGCCUGUCUGCCACCGAGGGUUGCAGCGGCUGCUCUCUGGUGGGCUUGACCCAUCGACUGUUUCAUCCAGAAGAUGUCAUAAGACACAAGGAUGCUUCAGGAAAGGUGCUGGAUCACUGGAGUAUCAUGACCAGUGAAGAAGAACUGGCUACGUUGCAGCAGUUUCUUCGUUUCGGUGAAACCAAGUCCAUCGUGGAACUGAUGGCGAUUCAGGAGAAAGAAGGGCAAUCCAUUGUGAUUCCUACAGCAGCCCCCAAUCUGGACAUUAGAGCGUUUAUAGAAAGUUACCAUCAGAGGAGUCCAAACCUUCCUUCUUCCAAGAUAAACCCCAUCAACGUUCAUCACUUUGAAAGCGUUGUCAAUAACAUGGCCUUCAUGCUGCCUUUUCAGUUUUUCAGUCCCGUGCCUCCACCCCUGAUAGGUUCGUUGCCAGAAAGGCUUUUGAUGGAUCAAGCUCAGGACCAGAGCAAUGAACUUAAGCAAGAUCCCCCAGUGCUCUUCUCCGAAAGCAGCUUCUUAAAUUCCAGUUCUUCAUUUCAAGCCGAAAAGGAAGAAGCCACAAAAAGCCCUGAGGUCACUUCAGAUCCAGAGGACAGUAUUCUGCCAAGUGAAGCUAGUUCCCGAAAUAUGGUCACAAAGCUUGAAAUGAGCCGGGGAUCUCCAGAGAACAGGAUGAAAUCUGCUGACAAAAAUGGAACCGGCACGAGGAAAGGGCGCGUGUAUUGUACAGCGUGCGAGAAGACGUUUUAUGAUAAGGGGACCCUCAAGAUCCACUAUAAUGCUGUCCAUCUGAAAAUCAAGCACAAAUGUACUAUUGAAGGUUGCAACAUGGUGUUCAGCUCUCUGAGGAGUCGUAACCGUCACAGCGCCAACCCCAACCCAAGACUGCACAUGCCGAUGAACAGAAACAACCGAGAUAAAGACCUGAGAAAUGGACUGACCGUUGCCGGAUUGGAAGACAACAAACGGACUGACUUUGCCAUUUUACCUCCAGACACCAGAUCCAUUUCAAGCUAUGCGAACUCUUGUACUGAUUUGAAAGUACAGCCGAAUUUUCACAGUACAGGCCAAAAUGGUAUUCUGUUUCCAAACCUCAAGACCGUCCAACCAGUUCUCCCAUUUUAUCGCAGCCCAGUCACACCAGCUGAACUUGCAAACACACCAGGUACUCUUCCAUCUCUACCUCUGGUUUCCUCAUCAGUACCUGAACCAUUGAAUUCUAAUGAGUCGGCCUUUGAUUCGCUACCCAAGAAGAAAUCUCGGAAAUCUAGCAUGCCCAUCAAGAUAGAGAAAGAAGCUGUUGAAACGACUAGUACUACCAAUGAGACUGCCAGCUCAGAAGAUGACAUGUCUCCACCAGUGGUAAGUGCUGGGCAUGUUGAGAUGUGCUUAUCUAGGAUAGAAACAGACAAGGAUCACCCAGAGGAAAAGCAAUUCCAUUCAGGUAACUUAAGGAAAUCCAUUUCUGAGGUUGGAGAGCCAAAAUAUUUUGAAUCAAUCAAGCCGAAUGACACAGGCAGUAACAUGGACAGAUCACACCGCCCCGAAAAAGAGGAGAAGCCAGAACAAAGCCAAGUAUUAAAAUUGGUUUCUCAUCAAAAGGUAUAUGAAGAUCACAACCAACACAGUGAUAUGAUCAAAGCACUGACUGAAUCACAGGUCUAUUUUAAAGAGCAGUUGAAUUACAAGCUCCCUAUAAAUGACUGCGCUGGAUUGCAACACCAAUUGCUGAUUGGGGCGGGUUUCAACACGUUGGCCAAACAGGGUGUUGCCAUUUCUGAUUUUGAAGACUUUAAAACUAUGGAUCCUGUCAGUCAACAGGCAUUAGGGAUCCAGAAGGAAGACAGUCGCUUCCAUUGUGACAUCUGUCAGAAGACCUUUAAAAACCCGUACAGUGUAAAAAUGCAUUUUAAAAACGUACAUCUGAAAGAAAUGCAUAUUUGCACAGUGGAGGGGUGUAAUGCUGCUUUUCCAUCUCGUAGAAGUCGAGACAGACAUAGCUCAAACCUGAACCUUCACCACAAGCUUUUGACCAAAGAUCCUUUGGAAAUCAAGAACAACCAUUUCAAUGCAGCGUACCUCUUGAAGGACACGGCUAAAGAACUUUGCCCAGACGACUCUUUGAGAGGUCACCCAGGACAACAGACUUCGGUCAUAUUUAAAGGCAUGAACAGGACCGGCAGCCUUGUUUUCCCUAUGAGCAAGACUGUAGAGGCUUAUCCGGAGCUGGAGAGCUACAGGUAUCAUCCAGAGAACGAUGGAGCCGUCCUGGAUUUAAGCACAACGUCUAGCGUCAAGUCAGAAAGCAGCACUCACUCCUCUUGGGAUUCUGACGGCAACAACGAUGAAGGCUUUGGACCUUUGGAAGACAGUGACAGUAGCGAAAGUGCAGGUUUUGCGCCAAAUGAAGAGCUCUAUCAGGACUGUAUUCUAACGGAUAAGUCUAACCCAAAUAUACCUUCCAGUUUGUCAAUCACUUGUCAUCUAUGCCAAAAAAGUUACAGUAAUAAAGGAACCUUCAGGGCCCAUUACAAAACUGUGCAUCUCCGACAACUACACAAAUGCAAAGUCCCCGGGUGCAAUACGAUGUUUUCGUCAGUUCGCAGCCGAAACAGACACAGCCAAAACCCUAAUCUACACAAGAGCAUAGUCAGAUCGACAAAUAGCCCCAAGUAGCGUCUCACUGGUCUGUAGCGAUUUAUGUUCUAUCUUAAUCAUUUCAGCUUUAAAAGUGUGUUCGAAUAAGAUACCUUUUUGCUUUGCUUUAACAUGGAAUCCGCUGAAAACUCAAGGCCAGAUUCUGAUUUUGCUGACCUAGGCUGUUCUUCACUGAACACAGGCAGGACCAAUGUUCCUCCCCCCUCUCAAAAUUCUCAAACACACAGUUGCUUAGAAAGAACACGGGAAUAUUCAAAUGUGGACGAUGGCAUUACACACUAAAUGUUGUUCUUCAUGUUUUGUAACACGUGACAUAGUGAAGAUGCUGUUCUGACAUUUUGUUUACAUGUUAAAUGGGAGGAGGAUCAAUCCGGUAAAAAAAACUUCUAAAAAACUUCUGGAUGUUAUCUACUAGUUGAGCUGAGUUUAAAGUGCCAUCAUUUCAUUCAGUAUCAUAGCACAAAGGCAGAACCACAUGUUACAAGAAACACUAAUCUGCCGUUGAAAAGGGCAUCCCCGUCUUUUCCCUCCCAUCUCUCCCCCCCCCCCACCCCAUAAAGUGGUAAAACAUCCUUUGUGUCCUGGCAUCAUUAUGUUGUCCAUUUCCUAUCCCAGGCAGCCAAUUAUGUGAAGGAGGAGGAGACUGAAGAACUGGACGCAAAGAUGCCAUUUUCAGCGGCAGCCACAAGUUCCUCAUAACAUAUAACCCUGCCCUUAAGGCUGACUUAACAGUAUUAAAUACAUGUGAUGUUUUCAGAUUAAUUUAUUGUUUAAUGCCAAAAGCCAAAAAUACAGACUGGGAAUAAUGUAGCAUUUGAUCUUGGAGCCCCUUACUCCUUGAUGGCAGUAGAAAUUUUACUUGAAGAAAGCAGGGAUUGGUUCCACUGUGGGGUUGGUCAUUAUUUUUGCAUUUGAAAAAUGCAGAGCCCAGCUUCUAACAAGUCAUGUAAACGUCUUGUCUAAAAGAAUAAUGUUGCCGGCUUCAAGACGGAUCUGUCAACUGCAGGACGCCAGAAGCCAUUCGGCAGUUCACGGAUCUGUCUUGGAACUUGCUUCCGAGCCACCUUGUAUCUUUAAUAAUAGGAGCAGCAGCCCAGGAGCAGUCUAAAAAUAAUAGAAAGCAUUCCUUUUUUUUAGAAGUGUCUCCAUUUUCUUUGGAAACCUCUGAAAGGUACCAGUAAUUUUAGACUAACAAAUCAUACUAUGCUUCCAAAGAUUUUUGAACCACAGUAAAUGUAUGUGGGAGAUGUUAAAAAUACAGUGUAUAUUUUUAUUGCACUUUUUGAUCGCUACAUUAAAAAUACAACGUGCUAAAAAUAUUAUUCAGCAUUUUUUCAGUGCUUUACAGGAGGAAAUAUUAGACCUGGCAGAUAUGAAUAAAUUGAUAUGUAUUAUUUUUGUUAUUGAAAUUGUUGUUCCUCGUAGAGAGGAAAUGCUGGUAUUUACAUCGUUACGAAGAGUCAUCCUUUUGAUUUAAUGAACACACUCUUUUACAUUAGAACAUUGCUUGGUAUAAAUAUGAUAACACUGUUCAAUAUUCUUGUCAUUUUUCGUACCAGUAUUCUAUGUUAUGUUCUAUGCACUUAAAGAGAUUGAUCUUACGUUGUAUUUAAAAACAUUGUUAUAAUAUUUAAUUUGUAGCUACGUCAUUACCAUGGCUGUGUUUAUGUAAGUAGUGUGCUGGUGUCUUUGAUGAAAAAAAAAUGUUUUUUGAAAUAGUUCCAACAAAACCACUCUUUAUUUUCAGGUGACUAAACUUUUUGAUUUCUUCUCAUCAGAUUUUGAACAUUUGUGGUACCCAAGGAUGACGGUUAUUGCACAUUUUGUACAUACGAUGCCAAAACGGUUAGAGUGAUUUGUGCUUUGUAUGACUGUUCUGGAUUUUUUUGAUGUUGAUGAAUUUUCACCUUGAUAACCUUUGUUUCGUUUUGUAACUGCUAACAUUAGAUAGAAAUGUUGGACUUGGCAGGUAGCGUGAGUACGAAAAGCUAGUUGCAUGGAUCUUUCAUUUAUUCUAGAUCAACGCUGCAAUGUUUGUUAAAAAAAACCCCGUACUAAGAGGCAGAUUGAAAUAAUUUGAACGUGCAACGCUGUUAUGUGAAGAAGUUGAUGAUCACCACCUUUGAUGUGCUGGAAUUUGGGGUGAGAUAAACCUGAAUUGGUUUUUACGCAUGUUAAACCGGUUAUCUCAUUUACAGCAGAUUUUGAUUUACAGCUGAUUCACAACAGAAGAUUCUACCAUAUGUUGAAAUCAGCAGGCAGCCCAUAAUUCUGAACUCCGUCUCAUUUUAUGGACUGGCUAGUUGUCUGGACAUGCUUGGGAACCAUUUGGAUGCCAGGUGACCAUAUGGGCAAGGAGAUGUGUUGAUUUUUUAAACUGGAUUCCACCACAUCAAAGUGGUCAUGCUCUGGUUUUCUGAAUCAAAGGCUGAUUCCACAUGGGCCAAAAACAGCAGUGUGAAAAUGGUGUGAAAAUGGUGUAAAGGAGUUUAAAACAGUGUAAAAGGGUUUAUACUGUUUUCACACCAUUUUCACACUGUUGUUUUUGGCCCGUGCGGUAUCAGCCAAAGUGAGAAAGAGGGAUCCACCCUGUGGGAUGUCAGAAUCCACUGAAUCCUUGUAUCUCCUUGGGUGAGUUGGUUGCCAACUCUUACAUGAUUGGGUGUCUGUAUCCUCUCUAGCAGUGUCUAAUAUUUAUGCAAGAUAUCAAUGUCAGGAGGGGAUAGGACAAGCAUGCAGAGACACAACAGAGACAAAAAGAGACUUGUGACUAUCAUGUGGCUUCCUUUUUUUGAAGCCCAAUAGAUGUCAUUGUUUCAACAGAAAUUGUGUGUCUGUAAACUCCAAAUCUUUUUAUACAAAACAAGAAAGAGGAGAAACGUACAAUCUCCAAGAAAGACAUGCUGAUCAAAGCCUUGGAGUAUGGCAUAAACACAGGGUGUUUCAGAAAGAUCAUGCCGUUACUGAGGCAAAACCACACUCACUUUCUAAAUUCUCCAGGCCAUACCCUGUUUAUUGGCAUACAGCUAUCUUUCAACAACAACUUACAACUAAAAAAAAAUCCCCCCUUGUGUUCCUGGCUGCACAAUUGGAUCUAAGAAGAAGUCCCAGCACAAGCUAGAGCAACUGACUUGGAGACUGUGUAAAGGAAGUGUGUUUCUAAUGCUAAGAUUAAAUUGUAACUUGUAAUACACCAAGAAGAACACAGCCCACCUUUCACUUAUGACAGUCCACUGGGGGCUGAAUAAAUGUAUUUGCCCAUCACCACAAAAACUGGGGCAGGUACAACAUAUAGCUCACAGUUGGACGUCAGCUUGAUGGACCACACAAGCUGUGUGGAUGGACAACUGUUUCAGCAGUGAUUCAGCACUUGCCCCAUCCCUGGAAAUCCAUGGCUCUGAACAGCCAUGGGAUCUUGUGCAUUGGUCCAAAAAGAGAUCAGAGGAGUACAUGAAAAAUGGCAGAACUGAAAACCACAGUUUAAAAUGAUGGUGAGAGGAUUGCUUGGGGGGAAAUUGUGUUUAGAGCUAUUUUAUCAGAGAAACAUAAAUGUUUUUCAUUUGCAGAUGAAUUUACUUUUCAUGUCAGAACUCCAAUCUGGCCAUAGUUUUGGAAUUCAGGAUCGCUGGGAUGGUCACAUGCUUUGUCAUUGGCUGGUUAAAGGAAAAGGGUUCCAUUUAUUUCAAGCUUUUUUUUUUCAUUUUGUAUAAAUGUGCUUGCUUAAUCUUUAAAGAUUUUUUAAAUGACAAGAAAUGUGUGUUGUAAACACAAGCUGUAUUUCCCAAUUUUUUUGUUUGUUUUUUCACUAUUCCUCCCAAAGUAAUACCAUUUUGUAUUUCUUCAGAAUUUUCUAUGUGUUAAUAAAAAUAUGCAGUUAUGUCUUUGA